AUGUCGGUGGAUACGAUUCCGAGAGACCUGCGAGGCCUCCGCGCCUGCCUCCUCUGCUCGCUGAUCAAGAGCUCCGAGCAAUUCCUGGCCGACGGAUGCGACAACUGCGAGGGCGUCCUCCACAUCAAGAACGACAACGAACGUCUCUAUGACUGUACCAGGUCAUUUAUAUUUAUAUUCUUUCCCUUUUCAGACCGCGUUCAAAGUUACUUUGCACAGGGACACGUUGCGCGUACAGAAGAAAAGAUUUUGUAGCUCAGAGGGGAAAAAAGCGGGACAAACUGACGCGGAACGGGCUGUAGUGGGAGACUCAUUAUUCACGAUAAACUAAACCGUUUACAAAAACGGAAGGGGGCUUUUGAAAGUGUGGAAGUUUCAGUAUGAGGUUUAGCCCUUACCGCACCGACUUCUUAUUAGAAAACUUUUUUAACCUCCCCACCCCUGCUGAAUUUUUCCCUAGUUAGACACUGGUGGCGCGUGCGCUGCGCUUCAAGCGGGGUCGCGCCGGGUGUCUUCUAUUUCUGCCUUUUUCGUUCAUGAAACCCAGUGAAUUCCGCCCUUUUCAUUUUCAUGCAUCUUUUCUCAUCUCCAGGCUUAGGUUUUUAACAAUUACCCGAUUUUCCAUUCAAAUAUGGUUCUUCAGAAACCCGCACAAAAUCGCUUGAAAAUGGUUCAUAAAGUGAGCAUGGAUACUAAUAAGUACCCUAAAAAUAAAAACAACGCAUUUGAACAAGGGUUUUCCUCUCAAAAGGAGGAAAUUAAGAACCGAAAGUUAGAGCGCGUGCACACGGUUUCCGGUUAAGAAUUCAAUGAAAUGUGGCUGAGGGGUAUUUCGAGACUUUUUUACUUUUAGUAGAGUUUUGACGUCUUAGAGACGCGAACAUAUAGCGAGUUCACAGGGUUAUCAAGAUAAAUAGCAAUUUUUAGGUUUUUCCGGGUCAUUUCAAGCAAAACGACUCGAAUAAGGAGGCUUUUUGGAUAGAUUACAGUCCUGAAAAACCAAAAAGGAGUCAAUUAUUUGAUCAGUUCAACUUUUAUAAUUUAUAUUCCCUUUUUUCAGCACGAACUUUGACGGAAUGAUCGCUGCGAUGCACCCGGAAGACUCUUGGGUCUGCAAAUGGCAGGUAGGGAUUUUAUCAAUCGCGUUUGAAAUGUUAAAAAAUAUUUGGAUCGCGAGAAACAAAAAAGGAUGGUUCAGAUUGUCUAUAGAGCGACCUUGCUGCAACUUUCUUUCAUUUCUAAUUUUUAAUUUCUCUAAAAGUAAAACACUGUUUGAAGAGCUUUGGAAUUCUGGAGUGGUCCCUGUAGGGGUUAGAGGAGAAAAAAAAUCCCUAUAUGGGCCGUAAAAGUGGUCUCUAUAGGGAUAAACUUAAGGUGGUCCCUACGGGGGUUUAGGAAUGACCACUUAGGAAAGGCUUCUUCGCAUAGAGUUUAUAACAAUUAUCGACUAGCAUUUCCCCUAUAGGGACCACUAAAUGAAACCCCUACAGGGACCACUUUUGCAAGCUUUAGUGACUCAAAUAGGGGUUGGUAAAGUGGCCCCUAAAGAAUUAUCAAUUGAAUACAACAUGAAAAGAGCAGAUAAAAGCGCCAAUUUUUGAUGCUGUUCCAGAAGGUCAACCGGAAGAAGAAGGGAAUCUACGCGAUAUCGGUGUCGGGCGCGUUGCCGCCGAGCGUUAUCGCCGACUUGCAAAGCAUCGGCGUUCGCUACAAGAGCGGCAUGCGCGACACGAGCUCGCAACUCCGGAAAUAAAUCAAUAUUUCCAAAAAAUGGUACGUUUUCAGCGAAAUUUCUUAAGAAGUCGAUUUUUUUCGAUCUUGAAAUAGAAAUUAAGAGAGCAGAAGCGAUAUUUUACUGAUUUGAAACGAUUGAAAGAAGCCUUUGAAUUACAUAUAUCUGAAAAAAAGUUGAAAUUUUUCCGUGGAAAAAGUAAAGGAAAUGUGAUUUUUGGCGUCAGAUGUAAUGUGUGGUCUGCAGACCGGUGUAUGCAGAAAUUUUGACAAACACCAACUUUUUUUACUGUUUUUUUCUAGGAAGCUCAUUUUUCGUAUAAAAAAGUAAUGUUCAAACGCAUGAUUUUUUUCACACAAAAAAAUUUCAGGGUUUGAUCCAAUGA